UUUACUUUCAUUUGGCAUACAGGAAGGCUAUGCUGAGCAUAGCAAUUGUGACUACCAUAUGUGCUCUUUUAAGCUCCUUUUCCCCGAAUUAUACAUCCUUGCUCGUUUUUCGCGCAUUGGUUGGUACUGGCCUGGGUGGCGGGCCUGUAUACUUGUGUUGGUUUCUUGAAUUUGUACCUCCAAAAAACCGCGGCUUCUGGAUGGUUAUCUUUUCAACUUUCUGGACAGUUGGGACAAUUCUUGAGGCUAUUUUGGCAUGGGUUGUUAUGACAGGAUUGGGUUGGAGGUGGUUGCUUGUACUGUCAUCCUUACCAUCUUUUGCAGUAGUUGCCUUUUAUGGGUUGUCGGUAGAAUCUCCUAGGUAUUUAUGUACCAUAGGUAGGAUAAAAGGUGCUCAUAGCAUUUUACAAAAGAUAGCUGAAGUGAAUCAGACAAAACUUCCGGUUGGAAUGCUUGUUUGUGAGCAAAUGACUGUGGUCAAUCAAGAAGCAUUAUUACCCAAGCAAAACAACAGCUAUGCUAGAUAUAAAGCCGGAUUUUCAUCUCUGUUUUCAAUUUGUUCAUCCAGUUUGAUAGGAACUACCCUUGUCAUAUGGGUGCAAUAUUUUGGGAAUGCAUUUCUAUAUUAUGGGGUUGUUCUGAUGACCUCAGAGCUUAGCAGCGACCAAACUAGCUGCAUCUCAACUAUUUCAGACUCAAAUGACGGGUCUAGCCUCUAUAGAGAUGUCUUUUUCACCAGUCUAGCAGAGGUUCCUGGUCUUAUUUUAGCAGCAGUCCUUGUGGACAAAAUAGGUCGAAAAUUCUCAAUGAUGUUUAUGUAUGCAUUGGGCUUCCUAUUUCUUUUACCACUUGUUUUACAUCAGGAUGAAGCUUUAACUACUCUCUUAUUAUCUGGAGCUCGCAUGUGUUUUCUUGGAACAUUCACAGUUACUGUUAUAUUUUGUCCUGAGAUAUAUCCUACCUCCGUCAGGACAACUGGUGCUGGAGUUGCCAACUCCGUUGGACGAAUUGCGGGCAUGAUCUGUCCUAUUGUUGCCGUUCAAUUUAUUUAGGGGUGUGAAAUAAUGGCUGCCAUAAUUUUAUUUGAGGUUAUAGCAGUUGUUUCAGGACUUAGUGUUCUGCUUUUCCCCAAGCGCCAGCAACUUAGUGAUGCGGUGGUUGCUUCAUGAACAUUUGUUUCCGACUAUUGAAACGAAAAACUACUACGUGCUACGCUUAUCAGUAUUCUUAAUAAAAAAUUUAUUCGCA